AUGUCCACGAUGCAACAACGCCUGCAGGCCGCCUCGGCGCAGAACACACGCCUGCUAACUCUCAUCUCCGAGACCGAGUACGCCGUGUCGGCCUACCAACAAACGCAGGACUACAUCCGCGACCUAGAGAGCGCCAUCGCCGACGCCGAGAGGCGCCUGGCCUUGCUGGCUAAGCACGUUGACAAGGAGUACGCGGAGCACCGGAAGUUCCGGGACUCGCACAUGCGGCGCCUGGCAAGCCGGAUCAGCGGCCGGCGGGAGAAGUUCCAAGAGGAGGCGUCUCGGGAGGAGAAGGAGUGGCUGGACGCCGUCGCGACGCAGCUGAAGACGCGCCAGGGCCGGGACCACCUGCGGGCCCGAAUGGCCGAGGCGGAGGGGACGAGCGAGGAGUUCCGGCGCGCGGUGGAGGCGCACGAGCAGGCGGCGCGGGAGCUGGACGCGCUGUACCACUCGCUCUUUGGUGGGCCGACGCCCGAGAUCCCCGAGGAGGACGAGCGGGAGCGGGCCGUGCUGGAGGCGGAGGCCCGGUAUAACGAGGUGGGCUUGGUGCUCAGCCGGGAGAAGCAGGCCCGGGACCUCCUGCUGGAGGCCAACGCGUCGCUGAAGCGCGCGUUCCGCGAUUUGCAGGAGGUCGAGAGCGACGCGACCAUGGACGUCUGGGGCGUGGGCAGUAGCUCGUUUGCCGAGCUGGCGGAGAAUAGUGCCCUGAGCCGGUGCCAGCGCCACGUCGCGCAGGUGGAGCUGCUUGUCUCGCAGGCUCAGCGGAUCCAGCCGGCAAUGGGACGUGUCGGGCCCAUGACGAUUGCGCAGAUGGAUUUCUUGAGCAGCGCGGUGUAUGACAACAUCUUCUCCGACAUGGAUAUGCAGGAGAGGAUUCGGAGCUCGAUGCUGCAGCUGCAGAAUGCACAGGCGGAAUUGCAUAGGGAGAUCGGGGCGAGUGAUAGGCGGAGGGACGACGUGAAGAGGUCGUCGGAUGAGCUGAAGACGGUGCUGGGCCGGAAGAGGCUGGAGCUGCAGACCGUCCGCCGGGAGGCAUUUGAGCAACUGGCGACUUUACCGCCGUAUGCUGCUGAGCCGCCACCUUAUGCAUGA